UUGAUGGGUGCAUCCAUGUACUUGGUUCCCAUAAAAGCUCAAGAGAAGACCGACCUUGAGCCAAGAAUGCAGCGGCUUGCUGACAGACUGCAAGAGGAAAAGGGUAUUAAAGCAUAUUCGAUCCCUAUUGGCGGAUCCAAUGUUGUUGGUCUCCAUGGUUACUUGUGUGGCUGGCAAGAACUCUUAGAACAGGGAGUGACUGACAGGUUUGAUGAUGUCAUACUAACUGUAGGCAGUGGUGGAACAGCAGCUGGUGUUGCUAUUGGGAACUUCCUUACUGGAUCCCAUCUCAGGUGGAAUAUUUAGCAUGUUUGAUGGGCGGCUAGGAGAUGUUCUAAUGCAGUCAGCUGGAGAAACACUGGUACAGAACUGGAUGAACCCUGAAAAUGAACCAACUAUUGUAUGAUGAUACAUUCAUCAUACAAUAGUUGUUUGAUGAUGCAUUCAUGAGGCUACGCUUCAUGAAUAUCUUGUACCGCUGGAGUUGAUGUUUGAUACACAUAUGAGGGCAGGCUUCAUGUAUAUUUUAUUUUAAAAAAAAACAGUUUAUUGCACAUGCUAUUGAUUCUGCACUAUAAGAUUGCAAUGCAUAUCUUGUAACACUGGAGUAUUAUGUUGAUGGAUCUACACACAUGAGGGCAGGCUUCAUGAAAUAUUGCUCAAUUGGAUGCAAAUCUUAAUAUGCUUCAA